CCCCUUCUCGUCAGAGCCAUAUGGCUUCGCGUAUAAAUAACCGAGUCCACCGUCACCACCAUCAACAGUUUUGUCAACGAGUAAGACACAGUCGGAUCAAACUCACCAAAGUUCUCCCUUCCUCAACACAACAGCCAUGAUGAAGUUCUUGAUUUUCGCCACUCUGAUCGCCGUUGCCAUGGCCGGUUACGAGCCUGCCGCCAAGGCUGUUGAGGAGGCUGCUCCAGCUGAACCCGCCCCUCAGCCGUACAGCUUCGGCUACGGCGUAAAGGACGAAGAGACCUACAACGAUUUUGAUCACGCUGAGAACGCUGAUGGCGAAGUCGUCACUGGAUCUUACCGCGUCGCUCUCCCCGAUGGCCGCACUCAGAUCGUCACCUACCGAGCUGACAAAAACGGAUACACCGCUGACGUGAAAUACGAGGGAGAGGCCCAAUAUCCCGAGUACGUCGAACCUGCGCUCAAAACCACAUAUUAAAAAAGGAUAUUUUUGUCUAGAAUUUAAACCCCCAUUUCUUUUUAUCUAUCACAAUUAUUAAUUAUCCAUUCAAAAAGAUAUUUAAUGUAUUAUCAAUACAAAACGAAUUUACACUGAA